AUGAGUGACUCAAAGCGAAUUUGUUUAGAUAGUGAUCCUGUGAACGAGCUUGAAAUUGAUGAAGAUGAUGAUACGCCGUUAGGUGAUUUUUAUUUUGCCACGGGGAAAAAUAAAAAUAUUAUUAAAUGGAGAAAAUCUCCUUCACAGCCCGCAAAUGUUCGUACACGAGCUAGUAAUAUUGUUGUACGACUCCCUGGAACUAAAGGUGCAGCUCAGACUGCCAGAUCUGAGCGUGACUGUUUCGAUUUGUUUUUUGAUGACAAAGUUGUUCAAGUGAUUGUGAGUAGUACAAAUAUUUACAUCGCCUCACUCAGACAGAAAUUUUCACGUGAACGAGAUGCAAAAGAUACAGAUGCAACGGAAGUUCGAGCUCUUUUUGGAGUUUUACUUCUAACUGGAUGUUUGGGUGCUAACAGAAAAAACUCAAUUGGAAUUUGGGACAACUCUCGCGGUAGUGGCAUCGAAAGUUGUUAUUUAUCAAUGAGUCAAAGGCGCUUCCACUUUUUACUAAGAUGUCUAAGAUUUGAUGACAUCCGCGAUCGUGAUCAGAGAAAAGAAAUUGACCGUUUAGCUGCAAUCAGAGAACUAUUUGAACUUGUCAUAAACAAUUUCCAGAGGUAUUACACACCUAGUGAAUACACCAUAGUCGAUGAACAAUUAGUAAAGUUUCGUGGAAGAUGUCCAUUCAAAAUGUACAUACCAAGCAAGCCGGGUAAAUAUGGCAUAAAAAUCUUCUCACUUGUCUGUGCCAAAACCAUGUAUACAGUGAAUUUGGAAAUUUACCCUGGUAAGCAGCCGGAAGGACCCUACAAACUUUCUCCAUCAGCUGAUGACGUAACAAUAAGAAUUUGUGAACCUAUUGUAGGCACAAACCGUAAUGUGACAACAGAUAAUUGGUUCACAUCAAUUCAACUUGCCGAAACGUUUUUUUGUGAGAAGAAGUUGACAUUGGUUGGAACAAUUAGGGCCAAUCGACUAGGUGUUCCUGAUGACUUCAAGCCAAACAAGAACCGUGAAGUACAUUCAUCCAUCUUUGCUCAUCACAAAGAAAAGACCAUAGUCUCAUAUUGCACAAAGAAAAACAAAGUUGUAGUUUUAGUUAGUACCAUGCAUCAUGACCAGAACAUUGAUCCUGAUAGUGGUGAUUUGCAUAAACCGGAGAUUGUAUCAUUCUACAAUAAAACUAAAGUAGGUGUGGACUCAGUGGAUCAAAUGUGUGCAAAAUACGACUGUUCAAGAAAUACCAAACGCUGGCCCAUGGUAAUUUUUUUCGAUUUGAUAAACAUAGCUGGAAUCAAUGCUUCUCGUGUUUUCUCUUUCAACAACAACCAGAUUGUACGGCGAAGAAUAUUCAUUGAGAAACUUGCAUGGGACCUUAUUGAACCUCAAAUAAGGAAACGGCUGGAUUCACCAUCUCUUCCUAAUGAUCUAAAAGUGAGAGCACGCAAGCUUUUAGGUAUAGAAGAUCCUCGAAGGCCGCUACCAGCCCCAAGAGAUAACAAGGUGGGUCGCUGCUACAUGUGUGCCCGAGCGCGAGACCGUUCUACUCGCAAGUGUUGCGACUUGUGUGGCCACAAAGUCUGCCCAGAACACUCAUCGAUUGUUUGCCACAGUUGCAUCAAACAGCAGUAA